AUGCCGCGGCAUGGCAGUGACAUGGCCCGAAGGCCGCGCCGCGCCGGCCGCUGGGCCGCCGCGCUCGUCGCCGCGGCCUGCCUCGCCGCGCCGGCCGCCGCGCAGAGCCCGUCGAGCAAGGCGCCCGAGGGCGUGAAGCGGCGGCUCGUGGCCGAGGCCGAGGAGGCGGCGCGCCGGCUGCACGUCAUCGUGCCGGACCCGACGCCGGCGCCGUCGUCCGUGCCCACGACGGAGGCGCCGUCCGGCGUGCCCACGACCUACCCGUCGGGCGUGCCGACGUCGACGCCGACCACCCCGACGUCCCUGCCGACGCCCGUGCCGACGGGCGCGCCGUCGUACGUGCCUUCGUCGCCGCCGACGGAGACGCCGACGCGUGUGCCUUCGUCGCCGCCCACGUCGAUGCCCUCGCCGGCGCCCACGACCACGUUCGCGCCGACGUCGACGCCGACGUACGUGCCUUCGUCGCCGCCGACGGCGACGCCCACGGCCGACCCGACGUACGUGCCGACGGUCCCGCCGACGUCCGAGCCCUCGGGCGUGCCGACGUCCGACCCGACGUACCGUCCGACGGUCCCGCCGACGUCGGCGCCGACGUCCGUGCCCUCCGAGGCGCCGACGUACGAGACGUGGCAGCCGACGUACGUGCCGACGACCCCGCCGACGUCGGACCCCACUUUCGAGCCCACGGCCGACCCGACGUACGUGCCGACGUCUCCGCCGACGUCGGAGCCCAGUAAGACCCCGACGGCCGACCCGACGUACGUGCCGACGUCUCCGCCGACGUCGGAGCCCAGUAAGGUCCCGACGUCCGCGCCGUCGACGCCCGGCCCCACGUCCAAGCCCUCGGGCGUGCCGACGGCCGACCCGACGGGCGUGCCUUCGACGCUGCCGACGUCGGCGCCGACGAGCGCGCCGACGAGCGCGCCGACGUUCGAGACCUGGCCCCCGACCGAGGUCCCCACGUCUCUGCCGACGUCGGCGCCGACGAGCGCGCCGACGAGCGCGCCGACGAUCUCGGCCGCGCCCACGGCCGUGCCCACGACGGUGCCGUCGCCCGUCCCGACGGAGGACAACUUCGGGUCGUGCUGGCACAAGGUCACGGGCCUCGUCACGUGCGAGGUCCGCAGGAAGCGCUGCAACAGCCCCGAGUUCACGCUCGACGGCGGCACGUCCAACACCCAGUGGCGCCCGAAGGGCUUCGUCGACAACGGCGCGGGCGGAACGGGCUGCUGCCGCUGCGCUAAUGGAUGCAACCACACCCUGGAGACGGGCACCUGCAACCCGGACCACUACGCCGACUCCGAGCCCAAGAAGCUCCGGUACCCGACGAUGGCCCCCACGACGCCGUCGGCGGUGCCGACGUACGAGCCGACGGUCCGGCCGUCGUACUCCCUCCCUCCGACGGUCGACCCCCUAUCGCCCACGGCCCAGGGCCCGACGGUCGCGCCGACCUACGCGACGGAGCCGCCGUCGCCGGUGCCGGUGCCGGUGCCGACCAUGACCUUCGUGGCCACGGACGAGAACCUGGCCUGCGACCACUCGCACGACGCCAACAUCGGCAUCACCACCGCGACGGACGGCACCUGCGCCGUCCACCUCUACCUCCACCACCGCGACGUCUUCGAGCAGAUGUACGGCGUGUCGCCCAUCGGCCGGUGGGACACGUCCCAGGUCACGGACAUGUCGCACCUCUUCGAGAACGAACUGGACUUCAACGAGGACAUCUCGGGCUGGAACGUCGACGCCGUGACGUCGAUGCACGACAUGUUUCUGCACGCCGAGAGCUUCGACCAGGACCUGGGCUGGUGCGUCGAGGAGGCCUGCCCGGCCAUCGACGACGCGGCGGAGACGUACGAGGAGUACAAGGCGCGGAUCGCGCCGCUCCAGGCGGGCUGCGACGGGGCCGGCGGGCAGCCGUGCUGCGUCGACAUGACGGACACCUUCUUCUACGCGCCCUGCAUCCUGAACGACCCGCCGUGCGGCGUCAAGAGCACGGAGGGCGCCUGCAAGCCCACGCCCGCGCCGACCACGGCCGCGCCGACCGUCUCGGCGGCGCCGACGCUCGCGCCGACGCUGUCCAUGGCGCCCACGUCCGAGCCCUCGCCCGCGCCGUCGAUGCACCCGACGGGCGCGCCGACGUUCGCGCCGACGAUGGACUGGACGUCCUUCUGCGAGACCAAGAACGAGACGGCGGCCUGCGCCGCCGAGGCGGGCUGCCACUGGCUCGCCCCCUACUCGCGCUGCAUCCCCGAGUGCUCGUUCGGCAUCGACAACCGCGACGCCUGCGACACGCGCUACUGCUCGUGGCGCUGGACGCCCAAGCUCCCGAUCUCGGGCAAGUGCCUCGACUGCGACGCCGCGCGCAAGUACGAGACGUGCGACUGCGGCGACGCCUCCUGGGGCAGCGCCGCGUCGCGCCAGACGCGCCAGUCCGGCCGCCGCAACCUCAAGUUCGGCUACGUCGAGCUCAACACGGGCUUCGUGGUCGAGGGGUCGGUCGAGCUCGCCGGCGUGUCCCUGGCCGACGCCGAGGCCCACGCCGCCGACAUCACCCAGACGAUCAUCGACGUCGCCGGCGGCGUGCGGCCGGCCGACGCCACGUCGUGCCCCGGCUGGGCGUGCUCCGUCGAGAACCAGUACUGCCCGCAGGGCCUCGUGGGCUCCACGGACUCCGACUACUGCUGCGUCUUCGACGAGGCCGGGUCCGGCACGUGGACCGCGGGCGCCUGCGCCCCGGGCUUCGACGACAUCACGGUCAUCCUCAGCGAGCCGUCGGCGCGGCGGCGGCUCCAGUCCCAAAACCAGGGCGCGGACGAGGUCCUCGUCGAGUACCAGAUCCAGGUGCCCGAGGGCUCGGACGACAUCGCGGACGUCUGGGCCGACGCGCUGUCCAUGGCGCCGGCCAAGUACCCCGCCGACGCGACCGGCUGCAAGGGCUGGUACUGCAGCACGGAGCAGCAGUACUGCCCCCAGGGCCUGCCCGGCUCGAAGUGGUCCGACUUCUGCUGCACGGACGGGCGGUGGACCAAGGGCGACUGCGACCGGCCGCACGUCGGCUGGCGCAACGCGCUCGACGCCCGCGUCCUCGCGAAGAGCGACCACGACUGCUCCGCCGCGGCGGACCCGGCCGCCGUCGGCGACGGCAAGUGCGACGCGGCGAACAACGUCGCGCCCUGCUACGACGGCGGCGACUGCUGCGAGGCCACGUGCUCGGGCACGAACUGCGGCACGUACUCGUACUCGUACGCCUACGACUGCGUGAACACCCUCGCCGAGGCGGGCCGCAACGUGACCGAGGUCGGCGCCGCGGCCGUGACCACGAAGAAGGACUACUGCAACGACUACUGCGGCAAGUACUGGACGUGCCUCGACGGAUAGAGCAAAGCGUAUAUCCCCCGCCCCUCCCGCCCUUCCCGCCUCCCCGCCCCAGCCGGUACUCCCCACCCCCACGGGUAACGGCGACUAUGCCCCU